AUGAAUGAUAUAUUUCAUAAUAUAGAAGAUUAUCCAGCCAAUUUCACUUGUGCAGAAUAUGUACCUAUUGAUAAUGGUGUUUCUGAAAUGUCUCAUAACACUAAUGGCCAUUCUGCUCAAUUCACCUCAAUGUAUAAACAUUCAACAUUUGUAGAUCCUGAGGGAAAAUUGAAAGUACUUCUCACAGAGUGGAAUCUUGAAGUGGUAUAUCAAACAUGUUUAGAUCAACUAAUUGAUUUUGAAGUAUUAGGGCUGAUGAAUGAAAAACAUGUUGAGAUACUGCUGUCAGACUUUCCACUGGGAAUUAGAAUCAAAUUUGAAAACAGGGUAAAAAGAUACCAAGAAAAAGAAAUUCAAGCUAUCAUUAGUGAGCCAUUUACUGUUGAUAAGUCAUCUAGUUAUCAAGUUGCUAUUAAUAAUACUGGUUCGUCUUCACAAAGCCCAACAAGCUUAUCAGAAACUAACGUAUUUCAAUUACAAAAUGUCUUAACAAGCAGCGCACAGGGAUCAUUGAUUUUCGAUUAUUACAACAAAAAUAAAAUAUUAAAUGAAAGUUGUCGCAAUAUCUUAGUAGAAAUUAUCAUAAGCGACGUCAUAAAAAGAGAUGUUGUUAUGACAUUGAAAUUAGCAAAUUGUAUUGCUGAAGCUAUUGUUGGUAGUUUUCCUACUGAAAUUAAAGAUUCAUAUUUUAUAAAAGAUUCCAUAACUAAAAGUCCUAAAGGAAAAUUAUAUAUAAAAUAUUAUAAUACAGUGCGGUCGAUGAAACAAAAUGGUCUUAUAGAAACUGUAAGAAAAGAAAAAUUGAAAAAACAAGUAAGCCGUACAAUGGAUCGAGAUAACAAUAUACAUGUUGCUGAACCUAAUUCAGAACAAGACUCUACUUAUUUAAUGGAUACAGAUUUAACUUGGCCUGAGGUGGAAGAAAUUUGGAAAAAAACAGUAAAUUUUCGUCAAAAUUUUAUCAAAGAAAACGAUACUAGAGCCAUAUUUGAUAAAUUUCAUCAUUAUACAAAACCAAUGGGUUAUAAACUUGUUGAUAUUGAUUUCAAAAAUGUAUACCCAGAACAUCAACAGUUAAACUUAGAAUUCGAUAGAAUAUAUAGCAAAUUAAUAACAGUUUUAAAUGAGCGAGUGAAGGACUGCGCAAGUAGGAAAUUAUUGGAACAAUUAAAUAGCACCCAAGAUUUGUCAGUUGAUUCCAAGAGUUUGAUUGUAUUGUAUUUGUUACACAGUAUAUUUAUUCCAACAUCUAAAAAGGUAACACGUGAUGAAAAUGGCAAAAAAGGAUUUAUUAAAUUCAGUAUAAAGGAUUCACAGAAUGCAUUCAUUAUUAUUAAACCAACAGCUGUGGAAAUGGAUGCAACACUUCAAAAUAUGUCAAGUAAACGUCCUAUCCAACCAUGUGUCUUAGUCAUCGGAUCAUUGAUGGAUCCGAAGCAAAUACUAAUAUAUUUUGAUACCAUAAAAUAUAAAAUGUUUAGUGCUUUGAAAGCUUAUGAUAUGUGUUUCAAGAUAUUUCACGUCUUUAAUGUGGAAUAUCCAAUUGAAUCACAUGAUGUAUGGUUAUUUAUUCAAACUUUUUUUUAUAACAUUAAAACAAAAUAUGACAAGUCAAAUGUUUUAAUUAAACAGAUUUCAGUUGAAUUAAAUACAUAA